UUUCUCUCUCCUAUUCAGCAAGCCUUGUUUUGACUCGCAUUUUCUGGCAUUAAAGUGUGCCAAGUCCUUCUCUUUAUCGUUUCAUCAGAGCAUUAUUCAAUUUCGUAUUGCACUCUCUCAUCUCCCACUAUUCAUUUUCCUUCUUCUUCUCAGUUCUCUCCAUCCUUUUCUCCAUUUCUCUGCCAUUAAUCUGCAUAUACAUAUAUAUAUCCUUCCAAAACAUAUUGGGAAAAUAAAAAUGAAGAAGUUUGUACUCAAGUUAGAUUUGCCAGAUGACAAGGCGAAACAGAAGGCCCUGAAAAUAGUCUCUACACUUUCAGGGAUUGAUGCCAUCUCCAUGGACAUGAAGGAGAAGAAAUUAACAGUGAUAGGAACUGUAGAUCCUGUGAAUGUGGUGAGCAAAUUGCGCAAAUACUGGCCAACAGAUAUAGUCUUAGUAGGACCAGCAAAGGAGCCAGAGAAGAAAGAAGAGCCAAAGAAAGAAGAAGGAAAGAAGGAGGAAGAGAAGAAAGAAGAGCCAAAGAGUGAGGAAGACAAGAAAGGAGAGGAGAAGAAGGAAGAACCAAAGAAAGAAGAAGAGAAGAAGGAAGAAAAGAAAGAAGAUGAGAAGAAGAAAGAGCCUGCCCCAGAUCCUAUUUUAGAAAUGGUUAAGGCUUAUAAAGCAUAUAAUCCACACAUGACCACAUAUUACCAUGUUCAAAGCAUGGAAGAGAAUCCAAAUGCUUGUGUCAUAUGUUAAAUAAAAAAGAUGUGGAAACAUAAGGGAAAGACAUAUAUAUAAAAGCUUUCUCAACUUGUAAUGGAAUCAACUAUCUUUAAUGAAUUAUAGGAGGCUACAACAAUCAAGAAGAUAGAUACUCCUUGUAUAUAAUGUGGUGAUGCCUCGUUUAGUUGUUUUGAGACCAGUUUAGCAAUGUGUAGAGAGAAGGAAUAAAAUUUUGGGGAAUUUGUUUUGAAAAGAACAGAAAUGUAAUUCAUACUAUUUUUCAGUUAAAUUAGAAUUAGUACUUAGUUUG